AUGCCUCCCAUCGCCACCUCGGCCUUCCGUGCCUCCUCCUCCUUCCUCUCCAGAACCGCUUGUUCUCGCACGCCGGUCACUGUAGCAUCCCGAGCCGCUCCCGUCUUCCUCUAUUCUCACAUCAGCCGGCGCACCAUGGCCACCAACGCCCCCGCCAAGAUCAAGGUCAAGAACCCCGUUGUCGAGCUUGACGGCGAUGAGAUGACGCGCGUGAUCUGGAAGGACAUCAAGGAGAAGUUUAUCUACCCCUACCUGGAUGUAGAUCUCAAGUAUUACGAUCUCGGUCUCGAGUACCGCGACCAGACCAACGACCAAGUCACCCUGGACGCCGCCGAGGCCAUCAAGAAGUACUCAGUUGGCGUUAAGUGCGCCACCAUCACCCCUGAUGAGGCCCGCGUCAAGGAGUUCAAUCUCAAGCAGAUGUGGCUAUCACCCAACGGCACCAUCCGGAAUGCUCUAGGCGGCACCGUCUUCCGUGAGCCAAUCGUGAUCCCCCGCAUUCCUCGCCUGGUGCCUGGGUGGAAGAAGCCCAUCAUCAUUGGCCGUCACGCCUUUGGCGACCAGUACCGGGCCAAGGACCUGGUUGCUCCCGGCCCUGGCAAGCUCAGCAUGGUCUACACCCCUGAGGGCGGGCAGCCGCAGGAGAUUGAGGUGUUUGAGUUCAAGAACGGCGGCGGCGUCGCGCAGACCCAGUACAACACGGACGAGAGCAUCACCGGCUUCGCCCACGCCAGCUUCAAGCUGGCCCUCGACAAGGGUCUUCCCCUGUACAUGAGCACCAAGAACACCAUCCUCAAAAAGUACGACGGCCGCUUCAAGGAUAUCUUCCAGGAGCUGUACGACACGCAGUACAAGGCCGAGUUCGAGGCCAAGGGCAUCUGGUACGAGCACCGCCUGAUUGACGACAUGGUCGCCCAGAUGAUCAAGAGCUCUGGCGGUUACAUCAUGGCUCUGAAGAACUACGACGGCGACGUACAAUCCGACAUCGUCGCACAAGGCUUCGGCUCACUAGGCCUCAUGACCUCGGUACUCAUCACGCCCGACGGCAAGACGUUCGAGUCGGAGGCGGCGCACGGGACCGUGACGCGGCACUACCGCGAGCACCAAAAGGGCCGCGAGACGUCGACCAACCCCAUCGCCUCCAUUUUCGCGUGGACCCGGGGCCUGAUCCAGCGCGGCAAGCUCGAUAAUACCCCCGAGGUGGUCGCCUUUGCCGAGUCCCUCGAGCGCGCCUGCGUCGACACGGUCGACGUUGACGGCAUCAUGACCAAGGACCUCGCCCUCGCCUGCGGCAAGACGGCCCGCGAGGACUACGUCACCACGGGCGAGUACCUCAACGCUGUUGAGAGGAGGCUUAAGCAGAGCUUGAAGGAGAAGCUUUGA